AUCUUCCUCUGCGGCGGUGUCCUGGCCUCAGGGCAACUCGCUAGCGGCGCCCCUCCCCCAGUGAGGUGACUGAGAGGGACGUGCUCCGGCAGCGAUGGAGAUGCCGGAUAUUGUGAGGCAAAAUAAAAUUGCGGAACUGAAGAACUUCCUCUGUUCUUCUAAGUUACAAAAUAAUCCUACUUCAGCAAGUCCUGUUUUUGAAGCAAAUGGUAAUCAGCCUGUCUACCCAAACUCCCUUCUUCCAGUGAAGUCAGUCCAACACAGACCAGAGAUGGUGAGCAGUCAGCCUCUCACCAUAGUGGAUAAUGGCAAAAAGAAAAAGAAAAAAAGGAGGACCAGAGCCACAGACCAUCUCCCAGGGAAGUUUGAAGACUUGUACAAGCUGACUGCUGAGCUCCUUGGUGAGGGAGCAUAUGCCAAGGUUCAAGGUGCUGUUAGUCUGCAAAAUGGGCAAGAAUAUGCAGUAAAAAUAAUUGAGAAAAACACCGGACACAGUCGAAGUCGUGUUUUUCGUGAAGUAGAAACAUUGUAUCAAUGUCAGGGUAACAAGAACAUUUUGGAGUUAAUAGAAUUUUUUGAAGAUGACACAAGGUAUUACCUUGUCUUUGAGAAAUUGCGAGGAGGUUCGAUCCUAGCCCACAUACAAAAGCGAAAGCACUUUAAUGAACGGGAAGCCAGCAGGGUGGUAAGAGACAUUGCAUCUGCUCUGGAUUUUCUGCAUACAAAAGGCAUUGCACAUAGGGAUCUGAAGCCUGAAAACAUAUUGUGUGAAUCUCCAGAAAAGGUGUCACCAGUGAAAAUAUGUGACUUUGACCUUGGUAGUGGAGUGAAACUCAACAGUGCAUGUACUCCAAUAACUACUCCUGAAUUAACUACUCCAUGUGGUUCUGCGGAAUACAUGGCACCAGAGGUGAUCGAAGUCUUCACAGAGGAGGCCACGUUCUACGACAAGCGCUGUGAUCUGUGGAGUCUGGGUGUGAUUUUGUAUAUCAUGCUCAGUGGCUAUCCCCCUUUUGUGGGGAACUGUGGCACAGACUGUGGCUGGGACAGGGGAGAAGUCUGCAGAGUCUGUCAGAAUAAGCUCUUUGAGAGUAUCCAGGAAGGCAAGUAUGAGUUUCCAGACAAGGACUGGUCUCAUAUAUCCAAUGAUGCCAAAGAUCUCAUCUCAAAGUUGCUAGUUCGUGAUGCCAAAGCAAGACUUGGUGCUGCUCAGGUUCUUCAGCAUGUAUGGCUGCAAGGGCAGGCUCCUGAAAGGGGAUUACCCACGCCACAAGUUCUUCAAAGAAGGAACAGGAGCACGAAAGACCUGACACUUUUUGCGGCAGAGGCCAUUGCCCUUAACCGUCAGCUGUCGCAGCACGAGAAUGAGCUGGAUGAAGAGCAAGAGAACAUUGCUCAGGCCAUGUGUUCCAUGAAGCUUUCUCCCCCAUCCAAAUCCCGCUUAGCCAAACGCAGAGCAAUGACCCAAGCCACCAAAAAUGGUGACUUCCAACCAGUCACUCAUGCAGCCCUUUGACAUGCUGACCCUGCUGUAGGUUCUAAUGGGAUUGGUCAGCUUUACUUCAUGUAUUUUAAAGUCUAAUAGACAUCAAGGUUUAAUGACUUAGUAGGAAGCUCAUUUAUAAAGGGACUUAUACCUUUAAAUGGAUAUAUUUUGUAGGAAUGUUUUUGCUUGACGGAUUUGGUUGAUUAGGACAAUUUAAUCGAAAUUCUUUUUAAACUAAAGAAAGCAGGGUUGCUGCUUUGUUACCAGAGAUGAUAAACCACUAAGCUUUCCUUGUUUUCUCUUAAAAGAGCCCACUUUAAAAUGUAGACUUGAGGACAUUUGGAAAAGUUCUUCUCUUGCUUUGCAUGUCAGAGCACAAAGGCUUUCUAACCCCAACUCAACCACCUUUGUGUAGGAAACCAUGGUGCUGCUCCUUUGGGGUCUCUUGGUGCUGCUGCUUUCAUCAGCUGGAGCUGUUGCCAAUGCCCUACUCUGUAUACUUCUUUCAACCCACCAAAAGGCCAUGAGUGCCCCUUGUCCUUCACACCUACUGACUCAGGAAGUGCAGAGGAUUCUUAAGGCUGGACCCUGCAGUUUGAUGAGCACUCUCCACUCCCAUUGGCUUCAGUUGGAGUUAAGCACAUCCUGCAAGAUGCUGAGGAUGCUCAAGCAUGUAACUGGCUCAGGGCCUUGGAAAUGAACCAAAUGCCUGGAAGUAGAUUUUCAUCUUUUGAGGGGGAGGUUUAGGCAAGCAUGUGGACCCCGAACACUGUUUUAUUUCUAUACCAGACACCUCUUUAUAUUCUCAUAAUUAGAAUGUACUCAGACUUACCUCUGUUUUAAUACAUUAAAUUCCACCUUUUCUUGCCAGUGACAUUCUUAAAUCUGUAAAAGCAGCAAAGAAUCCUGUUGCACCUUAUAGACUAACAGAUGUUUUGGAGCAUGAGCUUUCGUGGGUGAAUACCCACUUCGUCAGCUGCAUAUAGCUCAUGCUCCAAAACGUCUGUUAGUCUAUAAGGUGCCACAGGAUUCUUUGCUGCUUUUACAGAUCCAGACUAACACGGCUACCCCUCUGAUACUAUUCUUAAAUCUGAAUCUGAUACAGUAGUCUUUGCAGAGAAACUUUAAACGUAUGUUACACUAAGGAUAAUGAUGUAGGGAAUCUUUACCUCAUGAGGAGCAUGUCCCUAAUUACUUUUUCCUGUGUUAUCCUGACUGUAUUUCUUGAUGUAGCAGGGUGAAUGCACAGGUUCCAAUCAAGUAUUAUUAUUUUGGUGAGAAAUUUGAGCUUUUCCAGCCAGUGGGAAGAUACAGUGUGUGUGAGGGAGGAGGGGGCAUGGUCAGGCACUUGCAGCAGUCAAAGCAGUUGGGUGAGGUUUAGAUCAGAAUGGUUUUGUUACUGCAUUGUUACAUUAUGCAGACUGAGCCAAGGCAGUUCAAGAGCUAUCAUGGAAGUGCAUUAGCCCAAAUUUUCAAAAGUCACUAGCAAUUUCAAGUAUUCAACUUGAGGUACUUUAACCACACUUAGUUUUCAGAAAGCGCUCGGCACCCACACUGCGAAAGUUGGCCCCUUUAAGUUGUCUCAGGCUGGGUACCCAAAAGUGCUAGUCAUUUUUGAAAAUUUACACUAAUGUGUCAUGGCAGGUGAAAAAUAUGCCUUCAAAUUUCAGGAUUAAUCAUCCCAAACAGCUAGAGAAUAAACACAGGAAACCAAUCCAGGAAACCAGUGGAAAUGGAGAAAUCUGAACUAUAGCAGAUUUCAUCACCCAGUCUGUCAGAGAGUUUCACAUUUGCCUUUUGAGAAGAGUGUGUGUGUAUUUUUAUAUAUAAAUAUUUUUAUACAACAUGCUGUAUUGGUGACUAAUAAGAAAAUGUUAUAUUUUAUUUAAACUAUUUUAUAUAUUGUCAGUGGUAAAGAUUGUGAAUUGUGCUUAGCCUUGUUUUUUAAAAUAUAUUAAGUUAUAGAUUUAAUACAUUCCAUCAUUUACUAUGUAUUUCUGGUCUGAUUUUGGAGACUGAAAACUCAGGAAACUAUUUGCUUACCCCUCUCUGUGACACUCUUGUUAACUUGUGUACUGAAAAUUAAACUUAAUUUACCUUCUA